UAAACUGUCAGUGUCAAAUUAGUAACUGUAAAUCAUUGAAAAGUAUUUUCUUGUUUUUAGUUUUGAUUUUGUAAUUUUUAAUAUUAAACGGAAAAUAAAAAUAUUUAAGUAAAAUACACAUUCAUAAAUUUCAUUUCUUAUCCAAUAAUUAACUUCUAAUCUGUUAAUCAAGUAAUUAUCAAUCCACUCAUCCACUGCAUGGCAUCACAAAUGAUACCUAUAGUUUUGAAUGCCGGCAAAUAAAUGAAGUCCGCCCAUAAACCAGGCGUAACUAUGAGGAAAUAUUACCAGCUGAUUCUUGUUAUUGUUUGUUUUGUGAGUAUCGUCACACUACUUAUUUACCGGCAUGAAUACUAUAGGUUACGGUAUGUACUGGAAGUGUUGAACUUCUUCGGGAAACCAGGUCUUUCCGAGAUCGAAUUUUGCGGGCCUGGUUUCAAUGCUACCAUGCUAUCAGAAAUAUUAAGAAACUCCUCCAUGGAGGUCCGGGAAACGCCACCGCUGUUUCAAGAAAUCGACGAUAGUUUCUAUUCAUACUCCUCUUUUCUGCAAUCAUACCAGAAGUAUGAAAAACUAACUCAAACACAUGCACAUAACAUUGACACAAUUGUUAUUGGAAAAGCUAGUGUGCGACCUAAUUUUAGAUGCAAUAUCUGGCUGGAGAAUGUCUCUAAACCAAAAGCUGGUCGAUUCACUUUUAAAAUAGUUUCAGAACCAAUCAAUGAUUUUUGCUUAUAUAUAUUCCAUUGUUCCCUGAGCAAAAACAUAGGUAAACCCAAAGGUGUAAGCUUUUAUAUGAACAAUUAUAAUAUAAAUCCAAUUCAUGCACCUAUCAAUAGAGUUAUUGAAGUUAACACCAAACGUAAACCAAGAGAAAGGAGCAGUAUUCGAUUUGUUAAUAAUAUAGAGCCCGCCAUUUGUGUUAUACCUAAUAAAGUGCCAUUAGUAUCACGUGAUUCAUUUAUAGAGUUUCUCGUAUUUCACCAUAUGAUGGGAGUGAAUUCAUUUACCAUCUAUGAUAGCAUGAUAUCUGAAGAUAUUAUUAGAAGAUUGAAUUUAUUACCCUCAGAUAUCACUCAGUGGACUAUACAAUUUUUUCCAUUAAACUAUCCUUUUGUCUUUGCAAAGUCAUAUGAAAUUGUACAUAAUGCAAUAGAGUUAGAUUGUUUAUUCAGACAUUUUAAAUUUGAUAAGGAUGAGUCAAAUAAAGCUAGUCAUGCAAUUGUAAUGUCAUGGGAUGAAUUUUUGGUACCUCGUGUUCAUACAAAUAUGAAGGCUAUACUUGAUGAUUUUGAUCCUACGAGAAAAACACGAACUGUAGAAGUAAAACCUCUGUUGUUCUGUUUGAACCAAUAUGAUGAUGAUAAUGCCGAGAUAGGAUAUCCAACUGUUAUGAAGAAAACUCAUUACUAUAUGUUGUCUGAAGAGCUUAAGUCUAUUUAUAUUAGAAACUUAGACACUAUGACUAAUUAUGAUGAUAUUUUUGAUCUAGAUUCUAGCAGUAAAAUUGUGCCAUUAGAUAUACUAGGAGUUCAUAAGUACACAGAAUGUAGGGAUCCAAAGGCAUACCAUCCAAGUGGUGCUGGAUACAAUGAAACCCAGAUGCAGGUAUUUCAACAUAAGUUUGAAGGUGCAAUGUUGAAAUUUGGUCAGAGCCUAGUAAGCAAUAAAAUAUAUAGACUGUAUACAUCAGGACAGAUAUGGGAGAAGACUCCUAGUGAUAAUGUACGAGAUAUGUUAUAAGUAUAUGUAUAGUGUAUUACAUUUUAUACUUAUAUAAAUGGGUUGUAUUAUAUUAAAGGAUGAUAUUAUUAACUGAUUGUUAAAAAAAGAUGAUUGAUAAGAAAACAAAUAACAUAAAUUAUUCUUUUGUUAUUGUUAUGAUAUUUUUGUUAUAUAUAAUGUAACCUGUAAUAUAAUGUAAUUUUUAAUUUUUUUUCUGUAAAUACUAUCUCUGUACCAUUUGUACGUUUAUACAACAUUGUGUAUUUUUACACAAACAAGAUGGAUGUUCAAUUGGAUUUAAGUUAUUAAUUUAGACUUUUACAGCGAUUAUAAGCACUUUUUAACAAAUCAUUGCUCAUCUAUAAAUGGUUAUAUAUUGACUCCAAAUCUUGUUUAAAUACCAAAUAAUACAAUUUUGGUUUAUUAUUCUUAAUUUUGAUUUUAAGUGUUAUGGUACCAAGAGAAUUGUUGUGAUGAUUGUUACUGGAAAGUUGUGCCUUGCAUUCGAAAGGGUUGUUAUAAUAUCGCAACAAAUAUAAUAAGACUGCUAAUUUGUAUCUAUACUGCAUUAGUUUAAUUUAAUCAUGCAUUAAAUAAUAAUAAAUACUCCAUUGUCCAAAUGCAAUAUAGAUUUAAAAUUCCUAGGUAUUAAAAUACUAUGAUUCCUUGUAUACUUAAACUAGAGAUUAAAGGUUAAUAAUGUAACAUUGUGAGUAAUUUAUACUCACUAAAACAAUCAAUUACAGUAAUAAAAUGAGGAUACCAAGUGUAUGGAACUGAGAUUAAAAAUUACCACAAAGGUUUAGAAGUCUUACUACUCUUUCGUAUAAAAUGAAAGAAAACAAUAAAUAACAAUGUCAAAACAUAAAAAAAGUUUUGUUUUCAACGUUGAUUGUGUAUGCGAUAGUCUAUGGAAGUUUUUAAAAUAUUAAUAUGUAUACAUUUACUUCCAUUUUUUAUGCUGGCCAUACGUACUAUGCGCAAGGUAUAUAUCCUAUUUACCCAGAUGAUUUUGUACAGUUUUACUACGUUUUUCUUGUCACCUAUAUCUCAUAAAUGGAGUGUGUAAUGACAUAUUUUUACUGUUAUAAUAUUAAUUCUCAUUUUACAACACCGUCUGUGCAAUGUGUUUCUUGUUGAAUAAUGACUUAGAUAAAUUUAUUUGUUAUAUUAUCAUUUGCCUAUUAUAAAAUUAAAUAAACAAGAAAUAAACUAUGCAUUAAUAUUACUGAUCUUUUAGACACUUUUGUGCGUAACUUAAGUAAAAUAUACUAUGACUAUGUUUUAUUUCUUAAGGCAUUUGUCAAAAUAGUUUAAAAAACAAACUAGAAACUUAUGUUGUAAUACAGUAAAUUAAGACAAAACAUUAUAAAUUGUAAUUUUUAAUCGACUUCAAAAAGAAGGAGGUUCUCGAUUCAGUUAUAUUUUUUUAUGUUUGUUACCUCAUAACUUCCUCAGUUAUACCUAAACCGAUUUGAAAAAUUCUUUAUCUGAAAGGAUAUACUUACAGAUAAAAUUUCUAUAGGACCACCCAUAGAAAUUUUAUCAAAGUCGGUUCAGUACUUUAAGUUUUAGAUCAAAAGAACUGGUUUUGUCAUGAUUGAAGUCGGUUUUUUGUGGGACACAAUCUUUAUUAUUAAUAUAUAUAUUCCAUAGAGUCGUAUCACAAAACAUUUAGUUCAAAUUAUGUUAUAAAACUAGAUGUAAAAAUUAGUAUGUAACUUUACUCCUCCUUCAAAAACUAAAGUUAUGAUAUUCCUGGGACCCGUACCCAUUUUAUUGUGUACUUACCUGUAUAGGUACAAUUAUCUUUAUUAUUACAUAUUUUUAAAAUUGCCAUAUUUAAGUAUUUCACCUUGUUUUAACUUAAAAUCAAUUCUAUUACUGCUUGCUCUCAAUUCAAUAAAACAAUUUUAUCAGAA